AUAAACACAUAGAUAUUGUGUGGUUCUCAUAUGUUUGUUUUGAAAUCGUAUAUUAUGCAAAUUAUAAAAUUGUAUUGCAGAUUAUUAAUUGUACCAACGUAUUUGGGAUAUAUACUGACAUCGCACAGACAAACGUUCCUCCGUACCACAGGAGUGCGCAGUUACGUUUUCAGCCCGAUCAUACCGAAUGAUUUUCAGUAUCACGUGACAAAGCUGCAAAAUCAAAAUACAUAUUUUUAGUUCCAGAACAUGCUGCUAAUUUGGAGGGCUACUGUUAAAUAAUAUUACUGUAGUUUUUAAACAGUGACCUACUACUGAAUCAAUGUACUAAUUAAAUUCACUAACCAAUUCCAUUGAUGAAAGAAAAUAUUCACAUGGAAAAGUAAUAAAGUGUACGUUGCAACGUUAGCUUACUAAUUCCUUAUUAUGUCAGUGAACAAAAAGAAGCAAAAGCAAGCGAGAGAUGCUGCGGUGCAGGGGACCAAUGACAGCAGUGUGCUCAGUAAGGUGUCUGCCGCUACUCAGGGCUACUUCCUGGAUGACUACCUGAAGCACUUCGUGUGUAAGGUGUAUAGGAGAGCUCCUCUCAUCAACAGGGGUUACUAUGUACGCUGGAAAGCUAUAGACCACUGUGUCAAGCAGUUUCUGCGGGUGACAGAAAGCUGCCCCAGGAGACAGGUGUUGACUCUGGGAGCGGGAUUUGACUCGCUUUAUUUUCGUCUGCAUGCCGAAGGGGCUCUGAACGGGCUGGUCCUGUUUGAGUUGGACUUCCCAGACGUCACGCGACGCAAGGCUGCUCUGAUCAGUAACAGCACUCCGCUCAAAGAGUGCUUGGGUCCCUUCUCACACUCAACCACAGGCCCUGUGUAUGUCCACGGGGAUCAGUACUGUCUGCUAGGGGUGGAUGUGAGAGAGAAUGCCCAGGUGGAAGAGGCACUUAGCGGGGCUGGUCUGGACUGGAGUGCCCCUACCCUGCUACUGUCUGAAGUGGUUCUCACUUACAUGGAGACUCAAUGGUCUGAUGCUGUUAUUUGCUGGGCUGCUAGGCUACUCCCCCAGUCACUGUUCGUUAUGUACGAACAGAUCCGCCCCCACAACCCAUUCGGUCGCGUCAUGGAGGACCACUUCCUGAAGCUUAACUCAACCUUGCACGCGCUCAGACGCUAUCCAGACCUGGCUGCUCAGACAAACAGGUUCCUGGACAGGGGUUGGGAGCAAUGUGUGUGUCUGGAUAUGAAUGACUUUUACCUGGGUCAUAUAGCAGAGAAGGAGAGAUGCAGAGUGGAGAGCCUGGAACCCUUCGACGAGUUUGAGGAGUGGCACCACAAAUGUUCUCACUACUUUAUUCUCACUGCCUCUAGAGGCUCUUUAACCAGCCAGGCUCUGCUUAGCCACCCAACAGGGUCUCCAAUCCCUGCGGUGAGGGCUUUGCUGAGCUCCCAUUCCCUGGUUGUGAGGCCCAUGGAUGGGGAUCUGUGCGUGGAGGGUCUGGGGAUGGCGUCCGUCUCCCUGGCUCCCGGUCUGGUACUACUCAGUGGGGGCUCAGGCCGAGGGGGUAGAGGGCACAUAGCCAGGGUCCUCGUCAGGAAAAAGGCCGGCUGGAGAUGUGCCUCUGUGGAUUCAUCUACAGACUGGGCGGCCAGACUGCAUCACACUGUCACAUUGGUGCCCGGGUGGGGAGCUGUGGUGUUUGGUGGCCGAUCCUCCCCACUAAAUCCAAUCAGAACGCUACUAAGAGUGACCGGUGAUGCGUGUGACCUGACAGACCCUGUCGCCCCCGGUGACCAGGCCUUAAUGAAGCUCUCUGUGACGGAGAUGGUCUGUAGCGGCCAGCCGCCUCGACCGAGAUGGAGGCACACUGCUACCUUGCUGAGGCACAAAGGUCAGAACUUCCUGUUUGUUUUCGGAGGACGGAGCGAAGCCGUGGCUGGGCUGGGUGAUGCUCACUUCCUGUGUAUUGAUGACCAGCGUUGGACUGAGAUUCCAAUAGAGGGCACAACACCUGAGCCUCGCUUCUCCCAUUCAGCCUGUCCUUAUGCAGGAGGGGCGGUGAUCUGUGGAGGUUUGGGUGGAGGAAGUGUUCCUCUGGGAGAUACCGUCAUACUGAGGCCCACCCCCACAGGCUUCCGCUGGGAGAAACUGCUUCUCCUACCUGCUCUAGUGCCCAGAUAUUCCCACUCCGCUCAUGUGAUUGGUGAUCGGCUGGUGUUGGUGGGCGGGGUUUGGCUACAAGCGGACGGCGUGCCGGGGGUUGCUGUUGCAGACCUGACCACAGGGGCCAGUGUGGAGUUUGGACUGGACACAUCUGCUGUGCCCUGGCCUCUAAUGCUGCACUGCUUUUGCUCGGAGCUCCUGGAUGACUCUGACGGGUCGACGACGGUGGCUCUGAUCGGUGGAGGAGGAAACUGCUUCUCGUUUGGGACUCAUCACAACCCCGGCCCGGUCACAGUAGAUCUUAAGGAUGUUCUGUGACGUUUCGUCACUAGAGAUUACAGUGACGAUGAGGACCAAUGCUGGUGGAGUGGGUGUGGAUUUGAUAAAUACCACAAACCACCAAGAUGCCUGAUUGCAUUAGAACAGUAAAAAGUUGUGUGACGUCAUACCUGUGAUAUACCGUGUCAGAUGUGUCGUUUCAGGGUCCCCCACCCACAGAAGGAGAGACAACCAAAGAUGCCCUGCUUACCAGCCAAGUUUGUUUUUAUUUUAGUUGAGACCUCAGUAAAUUCACAAUCAAAGGACUCAGCAAUGGGACAGGUGUUACUAGAAAUCAGGAAGUAUUGGCGUUAUUCAUAGUCCAUAUUAUGUUUGGUUCAAGGUGGAGGUUGGUUGCGUUCGGGCUGGGGGGGCUCACUCCGUGAAGCGUCUGAAGGACUGGACAGCGGGGCUGACGGCGCCCCAGUCUCCAGGCUUCCUGUACUCCCCCUUCUCCAGGAAAUACUGCCGACCGCGAUAGUUGGGGUGCUCGUAGAAGACCCACCAGCCGUCCAGGACCUUGCAGGAGCACACCUCCCUCCAGCGGUACUUCUCCAGGACGGAGGGGCAGUCCUCGGCAGCCUCGAAGGCCUGGCCCGCAAAGUCAGCCUUUUCAUACAGCUGCAUCUUGUACUGGGUCCCGCUGGUCUGAAGGGAUGGGGGUGCGGGGUGGUGGUGUCAGUGCGGGUGGAGGCAAGGGGUUAGUGCAGGGGAUUGGGAAAGAAGGGGGAGGGAAUGUGGGGUAAGAGAAAGGGGGAAGGGGGGAUAUAUAGGGAGAUGAGAUUCUUGGGUUCUGUUUUUUUGAGGGCUCGCAUGCCAGGAAAGUGGUAAACAAACAUGUUUUGUAAAGAACUGUUCGGUUUGCUGAUGUUCCCUACGACCUAAAAUCUUUUGUAUUCGUCACCUGUUUAUUCCCUAUGCAAUGUUUUAGAUGCUUCAGAGCCACAUGAGAAACAAAACACUUUUUCAUAACUUUGCCUGCUUUUUUUGCUUUUCUUCCACAAUUUGUCUGUAUAUUCUGUACCAGAGUUGUGUCAAGGUUAGAAUAUCAAUAGAUUGUACCGUGCAAAUGUAGCUCUGAUCUUGACUGCCAGUUUGUGAGCUGGUCUAUAUAGUGGUAUUGAUCUCCAUGCUCUGGCAAAGCCCUCAGGUCCUUGGUGAACUGUAACUGUCCUGUGGCUGACCCAGUUGGGUUUGGAAGGCCUAAUAUUCUCUGCCCAACAGUCUGAAUGGGGCUGUCUGAACAUACCCUUUUAAAACCAGUCCUGCUAUCUCUAUCAUAGCUGUCUUAGAUUGAUCAGUUUCAAUACAAUUACACACCAAUUGUAGCCUA